AUGCGUUUCUUCACAACCGGUCUCAUCUCCGCCCUCGUGGCUGUGGCUACUGCCUACACCACCCCCGACUACUCAAAGGCCCCCUCUGGCAACCCCAUCUCGAAGCCUGGUCUCCAGGAGGCUGUCCCUGCUGGCGAGCCCUACACCAUCAAAUGGGAUCCUACCACCGAGGGUACCGUCUCUCUAGUUCUCCUCCGUGGCCCUAGCGAGAACAUCCAGCCCCUGUACGCCCUCGCCGAGAACAUCCCCAACGAGGGUACCUUCGAGUGGACCCCCAGCACUAAGCUCGAGCCCGAUGUCACCCACUACGGUCUUCUUAUCGUUGUUGAGUCUGGCGCCGACAAGGGUGCCUACCAGUGGUCCACCCAGUUCGGUAUCGAAAACCCCAACUACGGCCAGGACGAGUCUUCCAGCACUACCACCGCUGCCCCUACUGACGGUCCUGAACCCACCAUCACCAAGACCACCACCAUCACUACCACUACCUGCCCCGAGAGCGUGAAGCCCACUGGCAGCAGCACUCCUAAGCCUUCCGUCAUCCCCCAGCCCAGCUUCACCCACACCCCCUCGGCUCCCGCCUGGACUCCUACCUUCACCCCUGCUCCUCCUCAGUUCACCGGUGCUGCUGGCCGUAACGCCAUCAGCCUCGGUGCUGUCGCCGCCGGUGUUGCUGCUGUCCUCGCCUUCUAA